AUGAGUGUGAUACUGGAGACAUCUCUCGGCGAGGUUGUCAUCGACCUCUUGGUUGACAAUGCACCCAGAUGCUGUGAGAAUUUUUUAAAACUUUGCAAAAUCAAGUAUUACAACUUCUCCCCGUUUCACAGCGUCCAGAAGGGCUUUAGUUGUCAGACUGGAGAUCCACUCGGUCCAGAUUCGCCCGAAAGUGACGGUGGUAGUUCUAUCUGGGGCUUGCUAUCGGGCCCAUCAAAGAAGAGCUUUACGGUCAAAAUCGACCCCAAGCUGAAACAUUCCCAGCGUGGGACAGUCAGUAUGGCAACAGUGCCCUCGCCACACGAUUCCGAUGAGCGACUCGCUGGCAGCCAGUUCAUCAUUACCCUCGGAGAUGACAUUGAUUACUUGGACGGGAAGGCCGCCCCUUUUGGCAUGGUAGUCGAAGGCUUCGACACUCUGGACAAGAUCAACAAUGCCUUCACUGAUUCCAACGGUAGACCUCUCAAGGACAUCCGCAUCCGGCACACCAUUAUAUUAGAAGACCCAUACGACGACCCACCAGGGUUGGUUGUGCCCGACUCAAGUCCUGCGCCGACCAAGGCACAAUUGGCCACUGUUAUGAUCGCGGAUGAUGAAGAAUUGGAUGAAGAAGUGGACGAAGUGGCCCUAGAGAAACUACGAAGAGAACGAGAGGCAAGAGCACAGGCUCUGACUCUCGAAAUGGUUGGUGACCUCCCUUUUGCCGAGGUCAAGCCUCCGGAGAAUGUUCUUUUCGUUUGCAAAUUGAAUCCCGUCACAAACGACGAAGAUCUCGAGUUGAUCUUCAGUCGAUUUGGCAAAAUCCUCUCUUGCGAGGUCAUCAGGGAUAAACGCACUGGUGACAGCCUACAGUAUGCCUUUAUUGAGUUUGAGAAUCAAAAGGACUGUGAGCAAGCCUACUUCAAGAUGCAAGGCGUGCUCAUCGACGACCACCGCAUCCACGUGGACUUCUCACAGAGGCGAGACAAUCCGGGGGGUUCGGUGGGAUUGCGAGUCUUGAGAAGCGUCGGCAUUACCGUGAGGACGACGGACGUGGACAAAGUGGCGGCAACUACAGAAUGGUAUUUGACAAAGAGGACAUCCGCCGAAACAAAGAGUCUCGGCGAGAGGAGGAGCCUCGAAGAUCUCGGAGCAGAAGUAGAAGCCCGCGACAUGACGGGAAGGAUUCCAGACGAGACGAGUACCGACCUAAAGAUCAGGAUAGACGCGACCACAGAGAUCGUGGGGAAAGAGGUCAUUAUCGUGACAGAGACAGAGAUGUUGACCGGGACAGACCACGGCGAGGACAGUCGUAUCGCUCGGGCCCCUGGAGGGACAGAGACCGCUAAGGUGGAAAAGCAGGAGAGCUCAUUUAUGCUGUACAACAACUACUACUCUCAGGAUCCUAAGCAUCAACUACGCGUAAUAGUGUACCAAGUCGCCGUAAACUUGGCUGGUGAUUGGAUUGUAUCGCGGUUAUGCAUCGUAUAUCUCUUUGAUUGA